UGACAAAAGAAAGACUUCGGUUUAAACCAAUUUUGGCAAGGCGGCGGCCAUAAGGUGAUGACCACUCGACGCGACGACAUGGCAUGGAUUAGCUCCCAGUACCACAUGCAGCAGCAUCUUCUUGUGCUUCUGAUCUGUGUGAUUCCCCUCGUUGCUGGAUUUGGCAAUGAGUAUGUCCACAUCAAGGUGCACGUGCCCAAGGAGGAGUCGGCGGCAGAGGAGACACCACACAAGGUUAUCCAUCAUUACCACCAUCAUCCGCAUCCGCACCAGUUGCAGCGAAAUCGCGGUCGUGCCCGUCCCAAGCCAAGUCCGCUGCUGGAGAGUGUGAUUCUUUCGGAUUUGGACAAGCCCCUGCACAUGAGCGAGCACGCCGACUAUCUAAAUCACGCCAAGGAGCUGGCUGAUCAUCUUACAGAAACCUAUGCCAAGAAGCCACCUCCGCCACCACCACCUAAGAAAAAGGUGAACACGUAUACCAUCAUCGAGGAGCAGCACAGGCCACACGCCUAUGACUACGAGGAUCACCAUGAUCACGGUGUGGAGACGUAUCGGGUGAUUGAAUCGCGACCCAAGCCACAACACCAUCAUCACCAUCACCAUCCCGAAGAGGAGGAAGAGGAGGAGGAUGUGGGCUAUCACUAUCCGAGCGGGGGAAAGCACAGCCACAACCACAAUCAUCACUCCUUUGGUAUUGGAGCGUAUGCGGAACCAGCUCCCGUCGAGGAGCACGUAGAACAGGAGUCGGACACGGGCUAUAACUACUCCCCACCCAGUCACUCCUACAUCCCGCCUAGCCACAGCCAUGCCUAUCGCAACUCCAAGUCCAACCGAGCACCGGCUUAUACCCUUGAAGCCCCUCAAGAGUCCUCCUACGGCUAUGAUUACUCUAGACCUUCAUCUGGAAGUAGCAGUGACUUCCGGCCAUCCGUUCAGGUGCCAUCAAGCGAUCCAUACGGCGAGGAAGAGCCAGCUGACACCUAUGGACCUCCACCACCAUUAACCACAAGGCGUCGCCGGCCAUCCCAAUCCGUUGUGGAUUGGCCCGAAUCCAAGGGAUUCAAUAGUGCCGCUGCAGAAACAUAUAGCGGAGUCGAUAGCUACAAUGUGGGUCAUGUCCAAGGCUACGGAUCUAGUAGCUAUCAGUACAGUGGGCCCUAUCUGUAGGUGGAUCAACACCUCGCCUAAUCUAAGAUCCUAUUUAUUGAAUUUUUUUUGUAGUAUUGUAAGUUAAUAGAAUCAGUUUUAAGA